UGUUUUUGCAAAAAGGAAAAAGAAUAUUUGGAAUUGCUGACGUCACAUCUCCCUGAGGAGACUCCACCCGGAAGUAUCAACUGUCGUCGUAUAUCGAUCGUUGUGUUCCGUAGAUCUCUGUUACCAGUUUCCAUCAGAUUUCAACAAAUUGGAGUUUCGGAUCAAAAACAUGCUCUGUAUGAAGAGACACACGGACAAAGUUUGGUCUUUUAUUCGUUCGUCGCUGAGUUUAGAAUAAGGGUUGUCUUCAUCGUUCGACUCUUAUUGUUGAAAUCGAUGCUCCAAAUGAAGCAGCCAUUACAGAACCUUAAUCAGUCGCAGAGGACAGCCUUAGCUGGUGUUUUCGUCCUCCUUUUCCCGAUUCUCUUUCCGAAUCUCUUCCGCCCUCUUGGUCGCGCCUCUCCUUCCCUCUUCUCCGAAUGGAAUGCCCCAAGGGCUAGACAUUUGCGCCUACUCCAAGGCGCUCUUGAUCGACAAAUUUCGAUCAGACAACAGGUUGAGUUGUGGUCUCCCUUGGCAGAUCAAGGUUGGAAGCCUUGCACUGAAUCUUAUAGAGGCGUUCCCUUGCCAGAGAAGUCUCAAGGGUUUCUUCAGGUAUUCCUUGACGGCGGACUAAAUCAACAAAGAAUGGGAAUAUGUGAUGCUGUUGCUGUUGCCAAGAUAAUGAACGUUACACUCGUGAUUCCACGCCUUGAAGUAAAUCCUGUUUGGCAAGAUUCAAGUUCCUUCACAGAUAUAUUUGAUUUGGGUCACUUUAUAAGUGUCCUUAAAGACGAGGUGCGGAUUGUUAGGGAGCUUCCAAUACAGUAUGCCUGGAGCACUCGUGAUUAUUACGCCACAGGUAUUCGAGCUACUAGGAUUAAGACUGCGCCUGUUCACGCUUCAGCUGAGUGGUAUUUGGAAAAUGUCUUACCUGUUAUCCAGAGUUAUGGCAUUGCUGCUGUUGCUCCAUUCUCUCACCGUUUGGCAUUUGACAAUUUGCCUGAAAGUAUACAGCGGUUACGCUGUAAAGUUAACUUUGAAGCAUUAAACUUUGUUCCUCAUAUUCGGGAGCUAGGGGACGCUCUUGUGCAUCGACUCAGAUAUCCUCCUUCCAGCUCUCAAACAUCAGGAACUAUGGAUCAGACAGACAGAAUAAACACCAUUGUAAAAGCUGGUGCUGGAAAGUUUGCAGUGCUUCAUCUUCGUUUCGAUAAAGAUAUGGCUGCUCAUUCAGGCUGUGACUUUGAAGGUGGCAAAGCAGAAAAACUGGCGCUGGCAAAAUACCGCCAGGUGAUCUGGCAAGGACGGGUCUUAAAUUCUCAGUUCACAGAUGAGGAGCUAAGAAACAAAGGGCGCUGCCCGUUGACACCAGAAGAGAUUGGUUUACUGCUUUCAGCUUUGGGUUUCAGUAACAAUACCCGUCUCUAUCUAGCUUCACACCAGGUUUACGGAGGAGAGGCAAGAAUCUCGACCCUGCGUAAACUGUUCCCUGGGAUUGAAAACAAGAAAAGCCUAGCCUCUGCGGAGGAACUAGCUGAUGUACAAGGGAAAGCUUCUCUAAUGGCUGCAGUCGAUUAUUACGUGAGUAUGAAGAGCGACAUCUUCAUCUCAGCAUCUCCCGGGAACAUGCACAACGCAUUGCUGGCACAUAGAGCCUACUUGAAUCUUAAAACCAUAAGACCCAACAUGAUACUGUUAGGACAGGUUUUCGUGAACAAGAGCUUAGAGUGGUCAGAGUUUGAAGGCGCAGUAGUGAAUGGGCACAGGAACAGGCAAGGCCAGCUUCGUCUACGCAAACAGAAACAGUCUAUUUACACUUAUCCAGCUCCUGAUUGCAUGUGUAAAGCAGCUUAGCUUUCCCCUUUUUUAUUGUCCCAAAUCUUUUGUUGAUUUUUUUUUUUCUUUUAAUAUAUAGCUUUCAUGUACUCGAUGAUUAGUAAAUUAAUAGUUGAGGAAAUCAUAUUAUAUACA